AUGUGGUUAUUAAAUAUAUUAAUAUUCAUUUUAUUAAUAAAUGAAGCUGAAAAUGUAAAAGGGAAAUUACCUGAUUUAGAAAGAUGGAAUAAUUAUGUUGAAAGAUUGGGGGAGGUUGAUUCAAAGAAUUAUAUUGUGGAUGAAAAUGGAGUUUAUUGUAAAGUUUGUGACAAAGAUUAUGUCAGAAGAUUAUAUUUUUAUUUAAUAUUUGAUAGUUAA